AUGGAAGAUCCAUCAGGUUGGAACCUUAUAGAAUCUGAUCCUUCAGUUUUCGAACAGUUAUUAGUUGAUGUAGGUGUAGAGGGAUUGCAAGUUGAUGAACUUUAUUCUCUUGAUGAAGAAACUUUUGAUCAAUUGAAACCUGUUAAAGCGCUUAUAUUCUUAUUCCGAUGGGUUGGGAAAGAACAAGAUGGGUAUAAAGCUGGGAUAGAAGUUGAUCCUCAAGAUUGUGGGAUUUUCUUCGCUAAUCAGGUGGUCAAUAAUGCUUGUGGGACAAUGGCAGCUUUGAAUGCUGUCAUGAACAUUCCCGAGGUCGAUUCUGAAUAUCAAGGAGAAUCCAUAAAAAUCGGUCCCGAGUUACAGAGGAUGAAAGAGUUUUCCAUGGGGAUGGAUUCUGUCAACUUGGGCCACUUGAUCUCCUCAAACCCUCUCAUCAGAGAAAUCCAUAAUUCUUUCUCCCGCUCCACACCUUUCACCUUCGAUCCGUCCUCCAACCCCGAUGCAGACCCUUCUGACGCAUAUCACUUUGUCACCUAUGUCCCCUUCAAUGGGCUGGUGUACGAACUUGACGGAUUGAGGGAGAAACCGUUAAUGCAUGCCGCGGCUCUGGACGAUUGGACGAUUCCCGCUAGGCAGAUAGUACAACAUAGGAUAAAUACCUAUCCCGAAGGUCAAAUCCAUUUCUCUCUUCUUGCUAUAUCUGAUUCCCGUAAACCUCUUUUGAAACGUCACUUGAAAGAUCCGACUUUAUCUACUUCUGAAAAAGAAGAUCUAUCUUGGAGAUUAAAAUCGGAAGAACACAAAACAAUUCAAGCUACACAAGAUAACGCUUUGAGGAGAAAUAAUCUCAUACCUGCUGUUCUUGGUCUUCUCAAAGCUUUGGGGGAGAGUGGGGUGGUUGAUACGUUGAGAGAAAGCUCGCGGAAAGAUCGGAAGGUGAAGAAGAUGAGAAGUGGGGAUGAGUGA